CCUUGGGUGUAGAGAGAGACACAGUGGGGAGAAAUGGACAAUAACUAAAAGGCCCACCAAAGCAUGGAGUGAGUCCUACAAGGUCACAAUUCUCAUUUCCCCUUCUUCCAUCUUUGUCAAAACCUCACUGCCUCAGUAUCAUCGCUCUCUUCACCCUCCCUGCAAAAUCUUUUAUUUAUUUGGUUUAUUUAUUAUUAUUUUUUUUAAUUAGGGUUUCAGUCUUUCUCUAUUUAAGAUCGCAUUCCCUCUUUCUCUCUCAAUCUUUUCUGAGAAAUGGCCGGAAUUCGAUUGCCGCCGGAGGAGUCCGACCUCUCACAGGCCAGAGCGCCAACCACAACCGAUCUGAUCUCAGACGAUGACCGCUCUGUGGCGGCGGACUCGUGGUCCAUAAAGAGCGACUACGGAAGCACUCUCGACGACGAUCAACGACACGCCGAUGCCACCGAAGCUCUCUCUGCCGCUACCUUUCGCACUGCCUCUGAUUACAAUUCUGACAAGGAGGAGCCAGAUGCCGAAGCAGUUUCAUCAAUGCUGGGUUUCCAGAGUUAUUGGGAUGCCGCAUACGCAGAUGAAUUGGCGAAUUUUCGUGAACAUGGCCAUUCUGGUGAAGUUUGGUUUGGGGCUGAUGUUAUGGAAACUGUAGCUUCUUGGACCAAAAGCUUGUGCACUGACGUUGCUCAAGGUCACUUGCUAAAUCAUGUUGAUGAAAACAAAUCAGAGCCUGUUGAACAGAGUGAUAAAGAUUUGUCCAGUUGGAGUGUACUUGACAUCGGAACUGGCAACGGUCUGCUUCUUCAAGAACUUGCUAAGCAGGGGUUCUCUGAUCUUACUGGAACUGAUUAUAGUGAAGGAGCAGUUGACCUUGCCCGAAGCAUUGCUGAUCGUGAUGGAUUCACCAACAUAAAAUUUUUGGUUGACGAUGUUCUUGAGACAAAGCUAGAAAAAAAGUUUCAGAUUCUUAUGGAUAAGGGAACUCUAGAUGCCAUUGGACUGCAUCCUGAUGGCCCUAUCAAAAGGAUCAUGUAUUGGGAUUCAGUCUCAAGGUUGGUGGCUCCUGGUGGAAUAUUGGUGAUUACGUCAUGUAAUAGUACAAAAGAUGAAUUGGUGCAAGAAGUAAACAAUUUCAAUCAAAGAAGGGUCCCUGCCUCCCAGGAACCUGAGACCCUUGGAGACCAAGAAGCAAGCAGAGAUCCCCCUCCAUUACGCUAUCUCGAUCAUGUUCGCUCAUAUCCAACAUUCAUGUUUGGAGGAUCGUUAGGAUCACGUGUGACCACAGUAGCAUUUCUACGGAACUGAUAUCAUUAGAUUUCUUUCCACCUUGGGCUGGUCAUUUCUGUCAACUGGCUUUGUCGUGUAUCAUGUGUGUGUAUGUGUGGGGAGGAAGUGGAGUUCGACAUCUAAUGGAAAGUUACUGAUAAAUGUGGAAACAUUCGAGUUGCUGUGGAAGAUGAAGCUUUUUUGGACUAAAAUUUGUUGAAAACUGACUUGACUGUGAAGAAUAGAUAAGUAGACUGCCAAGCGGCUAAUUCUGUUUGUGUACAUCUAACCUUUGUUUCCAUUUUGAAGUGUUGGUUUGGAAAUUUUUUUUUUUUUUUUUUUUUUCUGGUAAAAUGGUUUGGAAUCUUUUACAGAACCAUGAUUGAUUGUUCCUUGUGUAAUAAUUGGGCUUUUUAUGGUAAAGCAAUCAGGUUUUACAAUCA